UAUGCUUCAAAAUCGAAUAUUAAGAAUCAUACAAAGAACUCCAAGGUUUUUCUUUGGAAACAAGAAGCCACCAAAAGGGUUUGAAAAUUUUGAGAGACCAAGAGUUGAAGAAGAAUAAGGUAGAACUGGGUUAGGAUAAGAGACAAAAGAGGAACAAUAAUAGGAGUAAGAGAAAUAGGAAUCUCAAACUUCUAACAAAAACAAUAAAGAUUUCAGUUCAUAAUCAAAAUGGAAGAGACAAUAAUAAUAGUAGAAUCAACCUGAAGAUUAAGAUAAUCAAAGCAGAUUACUAUUCACAAUAUCAGCUGCAUUAAUGGGAUAUUAUUUGAUUGAUUAUAUAUUGCCUGGAAGAGAAACACGAAUCAAUAUCACUUAAUUUGUGAAUUAGAUUUAUGCUACUACAAAAUCAAUAGAAAUAAGACCAUCAACUGAUUCAGAAGCCAUAUAUGCCCAUAUCACAUCAGAAAAAGGAAAAUAUAAAUUAAAAUUAGCUAAUCCUGACACCUUUUUAGAAAAUUUAGAAUAUUUAUAAUUAAAAGCAAAUGUAGAACCAGAAAAGCUAAUAAAAGUAUCAUUUAAAGAAAAUUCUAAUUCAUAAUUAUUAGAUAGAGUAUUAGAUAUAAUUCCACUUGGUUUUGUGAUAGUAAUUUCUUAUAAUAUUAUAAAAUUUUUGAGAUUAUUUAGAGAAAAAGGAGCAGGAGGAAUGAUGGGAAUGUUUAAAUAAAAUCAUAAAUAAUUUUAGAUGGAAUAGAAUGUGAAAGUUAAAUUUGCAGAUGUAGCAGGAUUAGAUGAAGUGAAAGUAGAAAUUAAAGAGUUUGUUGAAUUUUUAACAAAUAGUAAAAAGUUUAAAUAAUUGGGUGCUAAAAUUCCAAGAGGAGCACUUUUAACAGGUCCACCAGGAACAGGUAAAACAAUGUUAGCAAAGGCAUGUGCUGGAGAAGCUGGAGUACCAUUUUUUUAUGUAAGUGGUUCAGAAUUUGUAGAAAUGUUUGUAGGAUUAGGUGCAAGUAGAGUUAGAGAUUUAUUUGAAUAGGCUAAAUAAAAGAGUCCUUCUAUUAUAUUUAUUGAUGAAAUUGAUGCUAUUGGUAAAAAGAGAUAAGCUAGAUUUGGUAAUGAUGAAUCUGAAAAUACAUUGAAUCAAUUACUUGUUGAAAUGGAUGGAUUUGCUACAGAUCAUAAUGUUAUUGUUUUAGCUGCAACUAAUAUGGCUGAUCAAUUAGAUUCUGCUUUAACAAGACCAGGUAGAUUGGAUAGAUUUAUUGAAGUGACCUUACCAGAUAUUAAUGGUAGGAAAUAAAUAUUUAUGGUUCAUCUUAAACCAUUGAAUUUAGAUCCAUCAAAAACUAUGGAAGAAUAUGCAAACAGAUUAGCAACACUUACUCCUGGAUUUAGUGGAGCUGAAAUAGCAAAUUUAUGCAAUGAAGCAGCAAUAUUAGCAGCUAGAUAAUCCAAAUAACAUGUAGAUGCACAUGAUUUUGAAAUGGCUGCUGAAAGAGUUAUGGCAGGUAUUGAAAAGAAAAGAAUUAUAUCUGAAGAAGAAAGAAAAGUAGUUGCCUAUCAUGAAAGUGGACAUGCUGCUGUAAGUUGGUUUUUAGAAGGUGGAGAUCCUUUAUUAAAAGUAAUUACUAUAUUAUUAUGUAUAUAUAGUUAACAAUUAUACCACGUUCUAAAGGUUCUUUAGGUUAUGCAUAGUAUUUACCUAAUGAAAGUGCUCUGUUUACAAAAUAGGAAUUAUUAGAUAAAAUAUGUUGUAUUUUAGGAGGUAGAUGUAGUGAAAAACAUUUCUUUUAAAGAGUAACAACAGGAGCUUAUGAUGAUUUAUAAAAAGUGAAGAAUUUGGCAUAUAAUAUUGUUACUAAAUAUGGAAUGAGUGAUAAAAUUGGUAAUUAAGGUUUUAGAGAUGAAAAUGUAAACUCAUUUAGUGAUGAAACAAGUAAAAUAAUUGAUGAUGAAGUAAGAGAGAUUAUUGUUUAAUGUACAAAAAGAACUGAGGAAAUUAUUUAAAAAUAUCAUCAACAAAUCUAAUAAUUAUCUGAGUAGUUAUUAGUCAAGGAAACUCUUGAUCUUAAUGAUCUUAUUACUAUUUUAGGUGAAAGACCUUUUCCACCUAAAUCAAAUUUUAAGGAAUACUUGGAUACUAAAAAAAGAGAAAAAGUAGUUGCAUGAUA